CGUGUAUUUUUACUUUGUUUACAUUUUUUUCAGACAAGUGCGCGUUUUUUAUUUAUUUGCUCUUUAGAAAUUAAAAAAAAUAUAAUAAAAUAAUUGUUUUAAAAUGAAAUUUUCUUAUAAAUUUUCCAAUUUAUUGGGUAGCAUAUAUCGCAAUGGCAAUUUGCUGUUUACGCCAGAUGGAAAUUCCAUAAUAAGUCCAGUGGGCAAUCGUUUGACUUUGUUCGAUCUAAAAAACAAUAAAGCUUGUACCUUGUCCUUGGAGUCACGCUAUAAUUACCAGAGUUUAGCCUUGUCGCCCGAUGGCAGUUUACUAUUGGCUGUUAAUGAUCAUGGCCAGGCUCAACUUAUAAGCAUGGUGUCGUGCACCGUUAUACACCAGCAUAAAUUCCAACAUGUCGUACAGUGUGUGGCCUUUAGUCCCAAUGGUGCCCAUUUUGCGGUGGCUAUGCAAAAUUUGGUAUUUAUUUUUAAGGCUCCUGGUGAAAUAACUGGCGAAUAUAAUCCUUUUGUUUUGGAGCGCCAUUAUUUGGGUGGCUUUGAUGAUGUUACCUGUUUAGAUUGGUCUUCCGAUUCGCGUUUCUUGAUUAUAGGCUGUCGCGAUAAUUCCUCCAAAGUUAUUGCCAUAAAUUAUAUGAAAAACUUCCGUACUUAUAUAUUGGGAGGUCACACUGAUUCUAUGGUAGCUUGUUUCUUUGAAAACAACAGUAUGCAUGCCAACACCAUCAGUCGUAAUGGUCAGUUGUGUUUGUGGGAAUGUAGUCUGGAACCCUCCCAAAUAGGAACACACAACAAAAACAAUAAAACCGAACAGUUGUCUUUGCAAAGUAAAAGAAAUAAAAAGGCUAGCACGGAAUCGGCUGAAGAGUCCGAAGAUGAUGUAGAAAAUACGGUGGAAAAACGUACUGCCAACACUACUACCGAAGAAAGCAUUGCCGAACAAAUGGUGGAUGAGAAUGAGGUAAAAGAUGAAGAUGUCAAGCGAGCUCAUCCAUUUUUCUAUAAGAAAUUGGCGCGUCAUUAUCUGGCCGAUGAGCCACGUAAAGAAAAACGUGAUGCUGUGCUGACUACGGCCCAUUAUAAUCGUCAAACUAAAGUGUUGGUGGUGGGUUUCAGCACCGGCUCAUUUUAUUUAUACGAAUUGCCCGAGGUAAACAUGAUUCAUUCUUUGAGCAUUUCGGACUAUGCCAUUUCCUCGGCCUUGUUUAAUAUUACCGGCGAUUGGGUGGCCUUGGCUUCUAAGGAAAUGGGACAGUUAAUGGUUUGGGAAUGGCAAUCGGAACAGUAUAUAAUGAAACAACAGGGUCAUAGCAGUGAAAUGUCUUGUGUCUCCUAUUCGCCAGAUGGCCAGUAUAUAGCUACGGGUGGCGAAGAUUCUAAAGUUAAAUUGUGGAAUACCCAAAGUGGUUUUUGUUUCGUGACCUUCUCAGAGCACACAAGUGGCGUGACGGGUGUGCAAUUCAGUCGCAGUAAAAAGUUUUUAGUAAGUUGUUCAUUAGAUGGCACUGUCAGAGCUUUUGAUAUAAUACGCUAUCGUAACUUCCGUACCUUUACCUCACCCACACCCGUGCAAUUUUCUUGUGUGGCCAUGGAUUUCUCCGAUGAAUUGGUGGUGGCUGGCGGUUUAGAUGUGUUUGAAUUGUAUUUAUGGUCUGUUAAGUUGGGUACUCUAUUGGAGGUAAUCAGCGGCCAUGAAGGACCUGUAUCAUCGAUAGCUUUCGCUCCGGUGGCUUCUUCCUCAACUUUGGUUUCGGGCUCUUGGGAUAAAACCAUUAAAAUCUGGAAUUGUUUGGAAAACAAAUCCGAACAUGAAACCAUCGAUUUACUAUCGGAUGUUACCUGUGUGGCGUUUAGUCCAAAUGGUGAAAAUGUGGCUAUAGCCAUUUUAAACGGCAAUAUUGUGGUAUUUGAUGUAAAAACAGCUGCACAAAUUAGUACUAUUGAGGGGCGUAAUGAUUUGGACAGUGGUCGGCUGGAUACGGAUGUUGUAACAGCCGAUAAGAAUAAACAGGGCAAAUAUUUCUCCUCUUUAGAAUACUCAGCCGAUGGCGAAUGUAUAUUGGCUGGUGGCAAAUCUCGUGUCAUUUGUAUUUAUCAUGUUAAGGAGGCCGUGCUAUUGAAAAAAUUCCAAAUUACACAAAAUUUCAGUUUUGAUGGCAUGAAUGAAUUUAUAAAUCGCCGCAAUUUAACGGAAUUUGGUAAUAUGGCUUUAGUGGAGCAAAGAGAAGAGCUGGAGGGCGGCAAUGUGGCCAUACGUUUGCCGGGUGUGCAAAAAGGUGAUAUGGCGGCACGCAAUUUCAAGCCAGAAGUUAAAGUAUUCAGUGUGAAAUUUUCACCCACGGGACAAGCAUUUGCAGCAGCCUGUACAGAGGGUUUAUGCAUAUACAGCUUGGAUAAGGGCGUGGUUUUUGAUCCUUUCGAUUUGUCCUUGGAGGUAACACCCAAAGCCAUUAAAGAGUCUUUAAAAGCUAAAAACUAUUCCAAAGCCUUAAUAAUGGCCUUGAAAUUAAAUGAAAAUAAUCUUUUAAAUUUGGCCUUGGAAGCGACCCCCCAACAAGACAUUAAUCUUAUAUGUUCUACACUGCCGAAUAAAUUUGCUCAUCGUUUGUUGCAAAUAUUAUCGAAACUUUUGCAGACCUCACCCCAUGUUGAAUUCUAUUUGAAAUGGUGUUGUUGUUUAUUAUUUAGUCAUGGCAAUAAAGAUGGCGUUUUCCAACACACUUCACUUUUAGCUUUACAUGAAUCUAUUUCAAGGAAAUAUGAAAGUCUUAAUAGAAUCUGUGAUUUCAAUAAAUUCACCAUACGUUCUCUCUUGAAAACGGCUCAGACUAGAAAUUUACAAAAUGCCUCCCAGAAUGCUGAACUUUUGCAAUCCACAAAGGAUAGUAAUCUAGAUGAUGAAGAUGAGGAUAUGUUGCUUAUUAAGACAGAAUCGAAACAAACAGACGAGUUUGUGGAAGAAAGUGAGGAAGAAGAUAGUAGUGAAGAGGAAGAGGACAGUGACUAAAACUCCGUUGUGUAAUUUUAAGUAAAAAAAAAAUGUAAUAAAAUUUGAUGAAAAACCUGAUUUUUAAA